CGUCAACCUCAUCCAACACUGGAGGAAGAUUUCCUCCCCUCCCACUUUAUCCCUCCCCACUCCCCUUCAAACAAGGAAUCAAUUGCUAUUCCUCUCCCUCCUCUUCGUUCCCUUUCUUAUAGAAAGGCAAAAUAUCCUUUCCCCUCGAUCCAAUUAUGUUUUCUUCCACCCUCCGCCAUCAUUCUUCCUCAAUUGCACGCAUUUCUUUCAUCUCCAUUCGCUCUCUUACUUCAUAUACUCCUACACGCACGAUUGUACGCAAUUCUCUAAAAAAUCCUCCCGCCGCCUCUUCGCAACAUAGAUUUUUCUCGGUCUCGCCCUUUUUGAAAAACGAUACCGAGGCGGAGCAGGAAUUCGUUGAGGAAUCGGCAGCAGAUCCUGAUCCCCCUGCAGGGGAAUAUAUCCAUCACACAGGCGAUCCUGGAGUAACCCAUCAUUACAGAAAAGAUGAGCCAAUCACUCGUUUUCAACAGCUGGCUGAUAGAGGUUUGGUUGACCCAGUCAUUAUCGACAAGAUAGUAAAAGGAAAGGGAUAUGAGGAAAUGACAAAAGUUCAGAGGAAGACUAUUCUGGAGACUUUGGGAGGAGAUGAUGUGUUCGGUCAAGCCAAGACUGGUACAGGAAAGACUUUUGCCUUCCUUUUACCGGUUAUACAACGCAUAAUAUCCACCACUAUCCCUCUUAAGCCUCGCAUGAGGAUCGACUUUAGGACUAGGAACGGAGAGACGAAUGCGGAUGUUCGUGCGAUAAUUAUAUCUCCUACACGUGAGUUGGCGCAGCAAAUUAAGGUCGAUGCCCAGUUCCUUACUCAGAAUACUGAAAUCGUUACCCAACUUGCCGUUGGUGGUUCUGGGAAGAGGGAGAGUCUCGCAAAUAUUAGAAGCGUGGGGUGCCAUAUUUUGGUUGCUACUCCCGGUAGAUUGCAUGACCUUCUGUCCGACCCGCUAGCCGGGAUUAGCACAAAAAAUCUCGAGAUACUAGUGCUGGACGAGGCGGACCACUUACUUGACCAGGGGUUCGCCGAAGCAAUUGAUGAUAUUAUCAAACUCCUACCUAAUAGAGACGCGCCCGUUGGAAAUACCGGGAAAUUUAGGCAAACACUCUUGUUUUCUGCUACGAUCCCAGACAAGGUCCAGAAGAUGGCGAGGAAAACCAUGCGCCACGGGCACAAAUUCUUACAGAUGCUCCUAAAACGCGAAAUCGAGAUUGUCGACAACUCUGUAGGAACCGAAAAACCCCUUCAGCCAUUCAAAGCUAUCAUCUUCUUUACGGCUGUUCGCCCAACAUUUGAGAUGCACUCCCGUCUCUCUCAAUACCAGCGAACAAGAACCGCCGAAAGUUUCCGCAGGGCUAGGUCCGGAAUCCUUCUUUCAUCUGACAUUACGGCGCGCGGGAUGGAUUUCCCUGGUGUAACACACGUCAUCCAGAUGGGCGCCCCCAAAAAUGAGGAAACCUACAUUCAUAGAAUUGGCCGUACUGCUCGAGGGGAUAGAUCUGGCGUAGGUUAUCUCUUCCUCUCGGGGAUGGAAUAUCCAGAUGCUAUGAGUGAACUUCGAAAGCUUCCAUUGAAACUCAACAAUUCACUUGUCACCGCUGGGAUCGACUUGGGAGUAGAGCAAGAACUCCCAAAACACGCAGCUGAGAUAUUGAUGUCUGUUACGGAAGCCAACAAAAAAAUUGACCCGUACACGAUGAAGGAUACUUACAUGUCACUUAUCGGCUGCUAUGGCGGUAUCAAAAAACCUGUUUUGGCCGAAUCUCUGAAUCGCCUCGCCACCCUUGGAUGGGGGCUGCCGUCACCUCCGGAAGUUUCUCGGGUACUUGCGUCGAAGCUGGGCAUAGGUUCCCAUCACGGGUUCCAUGUCUCAACCUCAACUCGCGGCGAGGCUGAUAGCGAGGAGUCUGACCGACCUAGUCGUGGUGGAGGGGGCGGAAGAGGUGGAAGAGGCGGUUUUAGUGGAAGGGGGGGUCGGGGUGGGUUCAGUGAUCGCCCGUCUUACCGCUCCAGCGGUGGUGAAGAAGGGGGUGGCUAUGAGCGCAAGCCAUUCAGACCGAGGGACGAUAACAAUGGGAGUGGCUAUGAACGUAAGCCUUUCCGGCCGCAAGAAAAUGGAGACGGCGAAGGCGACGGCGGCUAUGAGCGCAAGCCAUUCAGACCGAGGGACGAUAACAAUGGGAGUGGCUAUGAACGUAAGCCUUUCCGGCCGCAAGAAAAUGGAGACGGCGAGGGCGACGGGGGCUAUGAGCGCAAGCCAUUUAGGCCAAGGGACAGCAACAACGGGAGUAAUUAUGAACGCAAGCCCUUCCACUCCAGAGACGAUUCCUCUGGCGGUUAUGAGCGCAAACCCUUCCGUCCUAGGAACGACGACGACGAUGAAGGUGGUAGUGGUAACUACGAGCGCAGGCCCUACCGUUCCAGAAGCGAUGAUGAUGAUGGCGAGGGCGGUGGCGGUGGCGGCGGCUACGGGCGCGGGUCCUUCGCCCCCAGAGGUUCCCGUGGCCGGGGACGUGGUCGUGGCGGUUUUGGCGGAAGGUCCAGUCGGGGUUCAGGCGGCGAGCGCGGUCACGGUGGGUACCAGCGCGCGCGCAAUUCUGGUCCCGGAAUGUGGGAGCGCGGGAAUCGCGGUCGUAGCAGUAGAGGAGGGCGAUAUUGAGCUUGUAGUAUAGAUACAACCCCGUUGUGUUCGAAUUACCAGGGUGGAGUCCGGAGGAUGUGUUUCUCAUCAUCUUAUGAUUAAUGGUGAUCGACUAUCUUUCUAUUCGCUUGUUCGGUUUUCAUCUAUCCGUAUUUGUGGGGAAAAAAAAUUAUUUUGGUCCAGUUCUCUUUCAUGUAUUUUUGCAUUCCUCCUCUUUUCUGUUAUUCCUUUUUCCAUUCAUUGUACUCUUUUUUCUCCCCUGUCUGCGCUAGGUCUUCGCGGGGCUUAGUAUACGGAACGGAACUCUACUCAUGUCGUUGUAUUAUAGAAAUGGAAGAUACGGAGGGGGGGAGGCUGGGAGGGGUGGAAAUGUGUUCGUUAGGUUUCUUCCUUUCCUCGACAAAAAGCCGGCAAAAUUGGCAUUUGCGUUUGACUGUCUGCGCUUUCUUUUUUUCUUUUUUCUCUCUUUUCCUUUUUAUGUGAAAUUGAAAUGGAAUGGUAUUUUUUGCGGUAUGAUGGGUGUGUUCGUUGUGAUUGGUUGUGGGUAGGAGGGGAAUUGUGGAGGAGCAGUCACAGGGUAUCACUCGUGAAAAUUUGUGGAAGAGGUUCAUGGUGUUAAUCGUAGCGACGGCAGUUUAAACAUUAACCAAAAAGAACAAGAACACCGUGCUCCUCGC